UGGUAGUGAGUGGUCUUUCCUUUGUUUACAGUGCUUACCGCUAACCUAACCACGGGAUCAGACUGAACAGAACCGGUUCCGUUUCCGCAUUUUAUGAACUGUGACCCCUGUGACAAGUCACAUCAUCCACAGAGAGUGGCACCAGCAUGGCAGGGCUGGCGUUAGAGUGGAGGGGCUGACGUCAUGCUCUCACCCUGCUGACACAUUUUUUAGAAAGCCCUCAACACUAGAACGAGAGAGGGAGGAAAAGCCUUAGAGGAAGAGAGGAGAGAGAUUAAGCCUCAUCAAAAGAAACGAACAGUUCUCUUUCACAAUGCAUCUCAUUGACUUACCAUGCCAGUAAAGCUCAUUGAAUGGAAUUGAGAAACUCACAUGAGUCUUUUCAACCUCUCUCAUCUUCCCUGGUUGUUGUUCUAGGCCCAAAUUACAAUAUGUUCUCAGUCAACAUACCUGGAAGCAUAAUGGUUGGAUAAAUAACAUCAGUUAACUUACCUGGUAACAUAAGGGUUGGAUAAAUAACAUCAGUCAACUUACCUGGUAACAUAAGGGUUGGAUAAAUAACAUCAGUUAACUUACCUGGUAACAUAAGGGUUGGAUAAAUAACAUCAGUCAACUUACCUGGUAACAUAAGGGUUGGAUAAAUAACAUCAGUUAACUUACCUGGUAACUAAGGGUUGGAUAAAUAACAUCAGUUAACUUACCUGGUAACAUAAGGGUUGGAUAAAUAACUUCAGUCAACUUACCUGGUAACAUAAGGGUUGGAUAAAUAACUUCAGUCAACUUACCUGGUAACAUAAGGGUUGGAUAAAUAACUUCAGUCAACUUACCUGGUAACAUAAGGGUUGGAUAAAUAACAUCAGUUAACUUACCUGGUAACAUAAGGGUUGGAUAAAUAACAUUGAAUAACAGAACAAAACAAUGUUCAGACAGACGGACACCUCGUCCAAGAGACGUCAUGGAGGACAUGGGGGUCUCACAGCCUUACCCUCGCCUCCUCACCCCCACCAGGGUGGGUGUAUCCGGGGGGUGGAGGUGGCCCGCGGGAGGGCAGGGUAUGGGUUCACCCUCUCUGGCCAGGGCCCCUGUGUCCUCAACUGCAUUCUGAAAGGAAGUCCGGCGGACUACGUGGGUCUCCGCUCCGGUGACCACAUCCUGUCCGUGAACGACAUAAACGUCUCCAAGGCUUCGCACGAGGACGUCGUCAAGCUGAUUGGCCGAUGCACGGGGGUUCUGCUGUUGGUCGUCGCCGAGGGAGACCGGGGUGGCCGUCGUCACGGACACGGCGGUACCAACCGCAACCGUCGCCACGGGAACAAUUCAGGAAGUCCAGCCGGAGGAGCGGCAGCCGCCGCGGACUCGUGCUCCAGCGACGAGGAGUUGUGUGGUUUCCAUAACAGCAGCAGCGGAGGAGGAAACAACAAAAACGUGAAGCCUGGUUCCCGUGGUAACAGCGCCAGCGGAGGAGGAGGAGGAGGGGGUGGUGGCUGGUUCAAGCCCAAGCUGGACUCUAAGACCCUGGGUAUUAACAGGGCAGAGAGGGUGGUGGCGGAGAUGCAGUCUGGAGGAAUAUUCAACAUGAUCUUUGACAACUCUUCACACUCCUCCAGCAGCUCAGAGAAAGACAGGGUCAUCGCUCCUCCUCCUCCUCCUCCCCGUGCCUCCUCUUCCUCGUCUGCGUCGGCCAAGCCUGCGAGGCCCCUGUCAGAGCCAGAGUUCCCCCCGUACCAUAAGGGCCGUUCCCAUAGCAACCCCAACCUGCUCUCUGAGGAGGAGAUGGACAGGGUUCUAAUGGCCGACGACUCAGUGUUCCUGGACGGGUUCCAUCUGCAGGAGGCAGAGAUCCAGGUGUUUAUUGAAUGGUUGGAGGUGGAAGGGGAGGACUUCUCCCUGGAGCCCAGCGAGGGGAUCCUGAACGUGGGUAUGAUGGUAGGGUACCUGGGCUCCAUAGAGCUGGCCUCUAGUUUAGGAGCUAGUCUGGAGAGUGACAGUCUGCAGGCCAUCAGAGGAAGCAUGAGACGACUCAGGGCUGAACAGAAGAUACACUCCCUGGUCCUCAUGAAGGUGAUGCACGAUUGUGUGCGGCUGUGCAGUGACAGGAGACAGGUCCUUGCUACCUACCCUGCCGAAAAGCUAGCCUUCAGCGCCUGUUGCCCCGACGACCGACGCUUCUUCGGACUGGUCACCAUGCAGGCCACCCAUGACGACGACGGUCACUAUGGCAAUGGUAACCGGGAGGAAGAGGGCGGGCUGAGGACUUCCUGUCACGUGUUCAUAGUCGACCCGGAACUCUGUCAUCACCAGGUCCAUGUGGGUGUGGCCAGGAGGUUUGGGUUUGGAGUGUACCCUGAUCCUGAUACUGGAGGGUGUCUGGAGUUCCCCCCUACCUCCCAGCCUCUGCUCCAGUUUGUGUCUGUUCUCUACCGGGACAUGGGGGAGAGCAUCGAGGGGGUCCGGGCGCGGGCGUUCGUUGAUCGGAAUGACCCACAGCAGAACCACAGCACCAGUAGCAACAGCGACAGCGGCAUCGGUAACUUCCUGCCAGAUGAAAAGAAACCCCGGUCCACGCCACUGGGACAGCCCUCCUCCUCCCUCGGCUCCGGGCUGGAACCAAGUCCCUCCCGGUGUCGUCCCUGGCCCCCUCUCUCCCCUCCUCCUCCCCCUCACCUCAACAACAGCUACCCCCCGCCUCUCCCCCCUGCCAUCCCCCCUCGAGGGGCCCACUCCUCCCAGCCUUCACUCCACCACUACCCACCAGGGAAGAGGGGAGGAUCUGGAGGAGGAGCGGAGCAGAGCCUGGCCCAGCCCCAACACCAUCAGUCUCAACGCUGGUUACCAGUCCAUGUCCUGAGAGACUGGAGACAACCAGGCCAGGCAGGACAAACGCAGGGACAAGGAGGGCUGUGUAGUGAUCAGGAGUCCUAUGCUGAGUCAACAGAUGGCUGGUCAUCAACGAACUGUAGCACCCUCCCUCCACCCAUGAAUAAGAUACCCGCGGAUCGCUACAGGGCUCCACUACCAGCCGGGGACCUGCCCCUGCCUCCACAGCCUCCCGGGCUGGCCACGCAGAAGGAUGAGUGGGCUAAGAAGCUGUUUGGGCCCGCGGCUGGAGAGAAAGGACUCAGAGAGCCCAAGCAGAAUGGAAAGAGACGUGGGAAUGGGAAAGAUGGGGAGAAGAAGGCUGGUCGUUUUAGAGGUCUGACGAAGGGCUUCCCUCCUCUAAACAGCGCUACCUCGGGAAAACUCAGACCGACCUAG